AUGCAGAAUUCCAAUUGGUUGGAAAGACGAAAGCAUUCUAUGUUGGUUCCAAAAGAUUCACACUUAGCUGUUCUGAUUACCCGUCAUUGGCAUCUCUAUGCAUGUCACGCUCGACCGCUGGUUCAACAGCGAUUUUGGAUCAUCGGCAUUCGCCUGAUAGCUCAUCGGGUGAUUCACAAAUGCGUGAUAUGUGCGAAGAUGUCAGCUGAUAAUCCACAGCCCAUCAUGGCUGCUCUGCCAGGGUUUCGGGUUCGAGAAGAUCACCCGUUUUCAGUAGUUGGCAUAGAUUACGCCGGUCCCUUGCAAAUGAAGGAACUCAUUCUGUGA